AUGUCAAUUAAAAACACUAAAUUAAGUGCAAAAAAUGAUAUUUUUUUGAGGAAAAAAGCGGGAACUAUUAGUGAUGAAAAUGAUUUAUCAUCGCCUAAUGUGUUAGAAACAAAGGAACCCCAUUUAUUAUCAGUACAUCAUCGUCGUGGUCAAAAUAAAUUUAUAUUUGAAUGUAUUAUCCCGUUACUGUUAUGUUUAUUUUGUCCAUUUUUUAUACGAAGUGUGGUUUAUAUCUGUACACAUGCCAAUGGUUCAAUAUUGGAAUUUAUCAAACAAUUAUUUACUGAGAUGACAUUGAAACAAGUGUUAGAAAAUUUUUUUUAUUUUCAAUGGCACUGGCCAAGUGCAUUUAUCUUUUUCUCAUUUAUUUCUUAUUCAAUUUUAAUGACUCUUAUAUUGCCGGGUGAAAUAUAUCAGGGACCAAUUACAGAUAAUGGUCAUAUACCCGAAUAUAAAAAUAAUGGUUUUAGUUAUUAUCUAAUUUCAUUAGGAUUGUUUAUGCUAAUAACUAGUGGAUUGAAACUAUUCGGUUUAACACCAACGUAUAUCUAUGAUAAUUUUGAACAAUUUCUAUCAACAUUAAGCACAUUUGCAUUUGUAUUUUGUUUUUUUCUAAUGUUAAAAGGUAAGAAUGACAUUACUUCUCCACCACAGUAUAAUGCAUGA